AUGCACCACGCAGGCUCCCGUUGGCGAACACUGCCCGGCAUUAUGACCGGGUCUGAACAGACUGGAGACCACUCCUAUUUCGUCAAUGAGCAGUGCAAGGGCCUGGAGGGCAAGCGAGAAAAGGCGGGAAAGCUAUCAAAAACGGUCAACGGCCUCCCCGCAUUUCAUGUCUGUUUUGAGCCUAGGAAGGGUCACAGUCCAAGUCCGAGGGAUCAAAAGAAGCAAUGA